UAUACAACUAGCUGUCGCACACUCAUACACAAAACGAACAAGCGCAUUAAACAAAUCAAACUGUUUCCCAAUUGAUAUUCAUAGCAAUAAUAAAACGUGUGCAACUUAACUGAAACCCACCUUGCUAUAUCAAUUGAAAGCAAACGAGAAACUAUCUAUACGGGCAUUUACUGCAAUCAAAGUGUAAACAAUUUGAAGCGCUAGUUUCGCAAGCCGCAUAGGAAAUUGUAAAAUAUGGUCAGGCUUUUUACACUGAGUGUCUUUUUCAAGGGUGCCAGCGAAGCGCGCUUAUUAAAGACCACAUCCGACUUGCAGUCCUUUUCAUUUUUUCAACGUGGCACAGUCAAUGAAUUUAUGACCUUUGCCUCAAAGACAAUUGUGGAACGAACCCAGUCGGCGCUGCGACAGUCUGUUAAACAGGAUGCCUACAUGUGCCAUGUCUAUGUGCGGGCCGAUAAUUUGGCUGGCGUUCUUAUCGCUGAUCACGAGUACCCGCACCGUGUCGCGCACACGUUAAUCACAAAAAUACUGGAUGACUUUGCGGCCAAAGUGUCGGCCGAUCAAUGGCAAAACGGUACGGAGGCAACAAUUGCAUUUGAUUCAUUGCCAGCGUUUUUGGCCAAAUACCAGGAUCCCAAGGAGGCCGAUCCGAUAACGAAAAUGCAAACCGAUUUGGAUGAAACUAAAAUCAUAUUGAAGAACACUAUCGAAUCGGUGCUGGAGCGUGGCGAAAAACUGGAGGAUAUGGUUACCAAAUCGGAGCAGCUAUCCAUGCAAAGCAAGGCCUUCUACAAGACAGCGAAAAAGACCAAUUCCUGUUGCAGCUUCACCUAAACAAGCUAAGGGCGCAGAUAUCGAAAAAGGAAAACACCACUUAAAACAGAAAAAAACACCAACAAAAUGGGCACGUAAUAAACAGCGACGGCGCGGCAUUGGCUUAGAAUUUGUAUGCUUUUUAUAACAUAAGUUAAUUUUAUAUUUAAUAUAUAUAUGAAACUAAACUAUACUAUACAUGCAUAAGUAUUUAUACGUAUGUAUAUGCAAUGGCACGAAUGUGCUGCAACUCAUAUAUGUACGCCCAUUAUGUGUGUAAAACGUUCAACUUGGCAUCUUGUUCUCUGCAUGUCUAGGGUAAUGGUACAGAUAAUGUUAUAUAUAUAUAUGCAAUUAUACCAAUACAAUUAUGAUAUACAUACAUUAUAUAUAUGCGUAUUUUGUGUAAGCGCGUGUCUGUGUGCAAUUUAAGAAUAAUGUGUCUAUCUCCUUCGGUUAUGUGCUCGCGUCUUUUUUAAAUAGCUUUUGUCUUGUCUGCCCGCCGCCUAAGUCGAUGUCGAUUAAUUAUUAUACGUACAUCUUUGUGUAUCUAUGUACAUAUUUAGGGUUCUCAAUAAGUUUUAGACGCGAUGUGUAAGCGACUUUCAACUGCCGAAUACUCAACAAAUAGCCCUAACGCAAGUUCUGUCUGGGCUACAAAUAAAAAUUAUUAUCUCAAAACUGAUUGAAAUGUUUCAGACACUUUUACGCUUUGCUCACAAAGAAAAUAGACUCUCAUUUGUAAUCACACUGUUAACUGAGUAUUGGGCAGUCGGUUUCGUUUUUACUUGCUUAUUAUUUAAUUGUACACGUAUAUAUAAUCCCACCAAGCGAUUUUAACAAUAUUCCAAUUAAAUUUAUUCGAAAUACUUUUAAAAAUACACAUUCGUUGCAAAUA